AUGCAAUUCUCGAGCGCUCUCUUCUUGGCUCUUGCUGCCGCAACUGUCUCUGCUUCAUCUGGCCUCUCUGGAAGCGGAACCGCUGUAGGUGCUGCUAAGGCAACCGCGUUCGGAGCUGCUAAGCCCAGCGGAACUGGUGCAAAACCCAGCUUGGCUCCCCGUGUCGUACACGGCCCGUACCGCCGUAAGGAUUCCAACGAGUCAGGAUCUGCCAAGGGAACCGGAGCUAAAGCUGAUGGUGGCUCUGCAAAGGCAACUGGUGCACAAGGAGCAGGAUCUGCUAAGUCCACAGGGGGAGCAAGCUCUGGUGGCGAUGGCAAUGGUGCAGCCAAGGGUACUGGAUCUGGCGGAAAGGCUUCCAAGACAGCAGGAGCUGGCUCUGCAAAAGAGACCGGAGGGAGCUCGACAAAGGGGUCUGGAACUGAAAAUACUGGCAAGGGAUCCGCUUCCGCUUCAGGUAAAGGGGCUGCAUCGGCAUCCGGGGCUGGUGGCGCUUCUGCUACUUCAACUUCUCCAGCUAUCUCCACUGGUGGUGCCGCAUCUCUAUCCCAUAAUGGAGGAAUGGCUGCAGUUGCUGGCCUUGGUGUUGCAUUCGCUGUUUUUAUGUAA